AACGACAUUGAAAUCAGCAGGCAGUCAGAAAUAAAGACUGCAGAAUUUUUGUAAUAUUAUGUGAAUACUACAUAAUUCUUUACAAUUAUGCAACAGUUUGUUUUAAGUUACGUUAAUGCUUGAAAUAAUUAAUAAGCCCAUCUUAUAUGGAAGUUUUAAAUAAGACUAAUCUUUUUGUUUGUACACAAAUGCUGUAAGAACUGGAAGCUAUCAGCGCAUUUAUUAUAAUUUUACAAUAAUUCAAAACUUUCGGUAAAAAUGUCUUUGUUAAUCAGUUCGGUUGGUAAUUUAUUUCUUGGAGUCAAAACCUCUCGCACGGGUUUAAUUCAGAAAACCUUAAAAUAUUCCGAAGUAAAGAGUGCUUUAUCUUUGAAGAAAUAUUCUACAAGGGAACUGUUAAAUGAAGCCUAUUGCCGUACUAAACUCAAAUGUAGAUCCAAAAAGCUUCCACAAGAUGUUAAUCCUAAAGGUGUUUUUGCGUGCAAUGAAUUGGACCUUUCGGAAGUACAAGUAUAUGGAUUUGACUAUGACUAUACCUUGGCGCACUAUAAACCCACAAUGGAACACCUGCUUUAUAAUCUUGGUAGAGAAUAUCUGUUAGAGAAGUACAAUUACCCUCCAGAAAUAUUGAAACUGGAAUACAAACCCAAUUUUGCUGUUCGAGGUUUACAUUAUGACAUUGAAAAGGGACUUCUUUUAAAACUUGACUCUUUCCUGCAAAUACAAUUUGGAGCUGUGUACAGAGGUCUCACACCUGUAUCAACAGAUGAGGUUCUCAAAUUGUACAAAAACAGGAUUAUACCAAUUGCCUAUGUGGAAGGGGACACAAGGGCUCAUAAGCCAAAUCGGGCAAAGAUGGUGCACUUGGCUGAUUUAUUCUCAGUACCGGAGAUGGGCCUGUUAUGUAAUGUUGCAGAGUAUUUUAUAAAAAAUCACAUUGACUACCACCCUGAAAUAUUGUUCUUAGAUGUCAAGAAUUCAGUGCAGAGCUGCCAUCCAAUAAUGCACAAGAUCGUUGCUCAGAAUGUGGAGGAAUACAUAAGACCUAAUAAAAAAUUACGCAAUUAUUUCCAAAUGUUACAGGAAAGUGACAAAAAACUUUUCCUUGUAACAAACAGUCCCUACCAUUUUGUUAACGCUGGAAUGGAGAUGCUAGUCGGUCACGACUGGCGGGACUUCUUCGAUGUCGUGAUAGUCAACGCUAACAAACCGAAGUUCUUCACGGAGGUGUCCAGGCCGAUCAGAGUAUUCGAUAAGAACGCCAACAGUCACAUAUGGGAGAAGGUUACUUCAUUAGAAAAAGGAAUCAUCUAUUAUGAGGGUACCGUAAAACAGCUUCAAGACUUGACCGGGUGGUGUGGACAUCAAGUGUUGUACUUCGGGGACCAUCCGUACAGUGACCUCGCUGACGUCACGCUCGAACACGGUUGGAGGACCGGAGCCAUCAUCAAUGAACUUACACACGAGAUCAACACACUGAAUACGAGGUCGUUUAAGGAAAACGCGAAUUGGCUUCAAAUGCUGACGCAACUGAUUGAGGACCAUCAAGACUACAAGGACCCGGAGGCAAUGGAGGUGCUCACACAGUGGAUGGGCGAGAGAGACUACCUCAGGAGUUAUUAUAUCGGUUCCAGGAAUGAGAUCAAGGCGGUGUUUAACCCACAGUUCGGUAGCGUGUUCCGUACGUAUCACAACCCCACGUAUUUCAGCAGGAGACUUUUCAGAUUCGCCGACAUCUACACUUCGAAUAUAAUCAAUCUGUUAAAUUAUUCUUUGACGCACACGUUUUAUCCGCGACGCGGCGUUAUGCCACACGAAUACGGUUCUUAUUUCGUUUAAGUGAAGUAUAAUUUUGUGUAUUUUUUUUUUUGUGUUUUGUUUAUUGCUUGUAUAGUCCGGCAAGGCGGUUUACGUGUGAAUGACUUUUGUGCGAGAAUGUCACUGAGAUGACAGUGUUACAAGUAAUGGCAAAAAAUAAUUUAAAUAUUUUCUUUGGCGUUAAAAAUCUUGCAGGUCAGAACGUUACCAGUCAAACUCAGACAGACAUUCUUGUCCAAAAUCUUUUGACUUGAUAGUUUGGUUAUAAAUGUGAAAUCUCAACACCAAAUUUCAGUAUCAUGAUUUUGUGUGUUUUGUAUUUUUUAUGUACAAUCAGAUUAUAGUGAUUUUGCCAUAAUGCACAAUGCAGCCUUGUCGGAUCAUACAAGUGCUUUAUUAUGAAAUAUAACCUAUAUAGAAAUAAGGUCUAGUUUUGAUUACAUUUUUGCUCAAUCAAUUAGAAUCUGUAUUACAUUUUUUUUUGUUCUUCGUAUCGACUUUGAAACAUAUCAUAUUUAGUGAAAUUUAUUCUUUCUUAUUCUAGUCACCUUUAUAAUUUUUGCUGAUUGUUAUAUUUCUGUCUGUAAUAAUAAUUUUAUAAUUCGUUAAAUCAAUUCUCAAAUCUAUGAUUUUUAAGAAAAUUUCUUAUAUACAUUUACACAACCCAUCGUUUUUUUGCUGCCAAAAAUAUAUCAACAGAUAAUUUCGUAAGGAUGACGUAGCUACUAUUUCAAAUUAAAUAAAAAAAUUGACGAACAUGAGCUCAGUAUUCAAAUUAUGAAUGUAAAGUAUUUAAAAAAGGAUUAUGUUUAAUUUAUCCAAUUCAUAUUUUUUUUAACACCCUUACAUCCGUUUUUUUUUUAAAAGUAACAAACAGUAAAUGUGUAACUAAAAAAUCUCAAGUCGAUAAAUAAUCAGUAAGGAAUAUAAACGCGGUAGUAAUAAGUAUAAUAUAAUCGAUAAGACAACAAGUAUUCUUCAAGAAAAAUGCUAAUAACAUACGGGUUUUAUAAUUGGUAAAAAUUAUUGGUAAGGUAAUAAAUAAAUUUAGCAGUUUUCAACUCUGAUUUAAAUAGAAAUGCAUUUUUGAUGCAUUCAAAAUUGUAUUUUAGUGUCAUUUUUAACAUUAAUCGGCGCUAAUUUAUAAGGUUUUUUUUUGUAUGUGUAACUGUUUGUGUUUGUAACUCAAAUAAUUGCGAUAAACUCAAUCAAAUCCUUUUUAUUUUAUAUGGGCAUAGGCAAGCUAUGUUUUUGUUUCUAAUUUAAUUUAUCAGUAUUACUUUUAUAUUGACCUUUUUUGUCUUUUAUAUUUCAUCCCAUUUAAUAAAGUUACAUUAAAAUCAUAAAAUUUUAUAUCUAGAAAAUUUGUUUUACAAUAUAUAGAAUAUUUUAGAAAGAUUCAAAUAUUGUUUUUUUUUUUAAAUUACAAAAAAUCAAAAAACAUUAUAAUCAUGACAUUACUGAAAUUCUUGCAAUUAAAAAAAUAGGUUUUUUUUUUCUUUGUCCACGCUAAUGACAGAACCGAUUUGACUAGUUUUCAGUAGUGUAUUGAGAGAAACUUAAAGAAACAAUAUUUGUCUCAUUCAAGCCAGUCGACGUCCAAAAGCAACGAUGACCAUCAACCAAAAAACAAAAGAUAUUUGAGGAACGCGACUAACUUACGAUGACUCGCGUUAAUUCUCAGUUUAAUAUUUCGUGACCUAACGAUUAUGAUGGGUUUAUUCAACUCUAUUGCGAUUGUAACCAAUAAAACAAAUUAUAAUAUUACCGUUAGUGUCUUCUUGUACAUUCAAGUUUCGCGUGAAUUGUAAUCGGUAGGUCAAAGUUACAUUAAAUUAUCACAGAAAUAUCGUUACGAAACGUCUUAGCGACAAUUAUUUUGUACGAAUCGGCUCCUAUUAAGAUAAUUAAUUCGGAAUUCAGAUAAAUAUUUGUAAAAAAAGAACAAAGACAUGAAUUUUUUUUAGAUUUGUGGCGCCGAUUUGUUUCGAUAAAUUCUUAGUACAAACUGAUCAUUUAUUUUAAGUAGAUUUAAUUCAAUUUUCUUAGGAAAUGUUAUGAAAUGUGCAUUUCGUAAUACUCUAAUGUUUGUUGAGAUUUUAUUAGUUAGAAUCAUCGAAUUAUGUACACGAGUAAUUAUUAUUGUUGUUUAAUGUUCUGACACGAGUAAGUCGUAGAUUUAGAUUAUAUAGAGUUCGUAGUAGAUAACCUUAAUAUUGUGCCAUAGAACUAUUGAUAAACACGUCCUAGUAUAUAAUAAGGGAUAUCUUUGUAUUUCAUAAUUAUAUGUUACAAUAAAACGAAUUUUUAGAGAUUUCGA